AGAGGAAAGAAAUGGAUGUCUCAGUGAUCCCUGGGAAAUAUCUGCCGAGAUUGAAUCCCAGAAAAGUAUUUUGGGGAAGAACACCAGAGACAGGGAAAUACUUUAUAAAGAAGAGAGUUCAUAUGCAUUUCUGGAAAACCAAGAGAAGUUUCUAGUUCCUUUAUUCCUCCAUCGUAUCAGGCUGUCCAUGCUGAUGGACAACAUCAACCCUCCGAUUUCAGCAAAAGCUUUCAUGGUCCAUCCAACCUGCUGACACCGCCGAGAAUCCCUAAAGUGGAGAAGUUGUAUAAAUGCUUGGAAUGCGGGAAGUCCUUCAGUCGCAGCGCCCAUCUGAUGUCCCACCAGAUCAUCCACACCGGAGAAAAGCCGUAUACGUGUUUAGAGUGUGGGAAGAGCUUGAUUCAGAGCGCCCACCUCGCCUCCCAUCAAAUUAUCCACACAGGGGAGAAGCCGUACCAGUGCUCGGAAUGCGGGAAAAGUUUCAACAAGAGCAUCAACUUCGUGAGGCAUCAGAAGAUCCACAAAGGAGAGAAGCCGCAUCAGUGCGCCGAUUGCAACAAGACUUUUUCUGACAAACCGAGUCUCAUUCAGCACCAAAGGGUUCACAUGGGGGAGAGGCCAUACAAAUGUUACGAGUGUGGGAAGAGUUUCAGUCAUAGGGGCAGCCUCAAUGCGCAUCAGCGGAUGCACACGGGGGAGAAGCCGUACGGCUGCAAGGACUGUGGGAAGAGCUUUCGGGAUCAGUCCAGCCUUAUUAGACAUAAGAGAACCCACACCGGGGAGAAACCCUACACCUGCUCCGAGUGUGGGAAAAGCUUCAGCCAGAGCACAAACCUGACUUUGCAUCAAAGGGUGCACACCGACGGGAAGCUUCCAGAAGAGUCUCCCCAAAUACUUAACACAGGGAUGGCCAUGUUAGUCUUUCCACCAAAUCCUGCAAAUGAUUUAGUGGCAUUUGAAAGCUAACAUUUAGUGGUACUUGGCUCAAUAGUACUAACUGUGAGAGGGAUUGUCCUGGUGGACAAUCAUUUAAAUAUGAGCCAGCAGUGUGCUGCAGCCGCCAACCAAGCCAACACAAUUCUAGGCUGCCUUAAUAGAGGGAUAGAAUCAAUAUCAUGUGAAGUGUUAAUAAGGGUUUACAAUGCCUUGGUAAGACCACACUUGGAAUACUGCAUCCAGUUUUGGUUGCCACGGUACAAAAA